AUGAGUGACACCAUGCGCGCUAUCGCUGUUAAAGGCGGCAAAGGCCCCGCCACCGCCCUCUUCGUCGACACCAUUCCCAGACCCGUCGCGGCCCCCGGCCAGGCGCUGGUCAAGAUCCGCGCGUUUGGGCUUAACCGCAUGGACCUGCUGCAGCGUGAGGGCCUCUACCCGGUCCCGCCACAGGCGCCCGAGACGAUCGGUGUCGAGUUCUCGGGUGUGAUUGAGGGGUUUGGCGAGGGGACGGGUGCGGAUUUUCGGGUUGGGGAUGAGGUUUUUGGUCUUGCUUAUGGUGGCGCCUAUGCUGAGUAUAUUGCCGUCUCCACCAAGAUGCUGGUGCAUAAGCCGGCAGAGUUGUCGUGGGAAGAAGCGGCCGGGGUACCGGAGACAUGGAUCACCGCCUCACAGGCACUGUUCCUGAUCGGCGAGUUCCAGGAGGGUCAGUCAGUCCUGUGGCAUGCAGGCGCAUCAUCAGUCUCGAUCUCAGGCAUCCAGCUCGCCAAAGCCGCCGGGGCAAAAGCCAUCUACGCGACCGCCGGGUCACAGGAGAAGAUCGACUUCCUCGAGAAAGAACUCGGGGUGACCGCCGCCUUCAACUACCGCACCCAGGACUGGGCGAAAGAAAUCCAGAAAGCGACCGGAGGCGCGGGGGUCAACCUCACCGUGGAUUUCGUCGGCGGCACCUACUUCCAGGGCAACCUAGAUGUGGCGGCGCGCGACGGGCGCGUGGUGCUGCUGGGCCUGAUGGGCGGCGGGAAGCUACCGGAUGGAGUGAACAUCGCGCCGCUGCUGAUGAAGCGGAUUCGCGUGGAGGGGAGCACGCUGCGCAGCCGCGAUGAGGAUUACCAGGGCCGGCUGCGCGAUACACUGGUGUCGCAUGCGCUGCCCAAGUUUCAGGAUCGGACGUUCCGUGUCUUUGUUGAGAAGGUCAUGCCCUGGGAGCAGAUUGUGCAGGCGCACCAGCUGCUGGAGAGUAACUCGACCAAGGGGAAGAUCAUCUGCGUGCUGUAA